AUGUCUCAACAAUCUCGUAAACCGAAUGGACAAGUUCUACCUGGAUUCCCAAUGUUGGGAUUACCAGAAUUGAUGGAAUGUUUGUCUGCGCUUGGUAUACCUGCUCAAAUGGAAGACUUGGCUAAACCUACUCCUGGAAGUACUCAAGGUAUUUAUUCAGGUUUGAUAGAAGCUUUGAUGGGUGCUCCUAUGGAAGCUAUUGAAGGUCCUAAGAAAGCUUUAUUGGGAAUGAUGGAAUACAAGGAAAUGUAUAGCGACGCUCUUCAGUUCACAAUGUUCUUCAGACAUUGUCGAGACCUAGCUACCUUAUGUGGAAUAACAAACUUCUCAAUAGCAGAUAUCACCAGACCAGAAGCUGCGAGGUUCAAGAUUGUUUUGAGUGGAAUAAUGAAUUUUGCGAAAUUCAGAGACGAGAGAGCGCAUUUCCAAGGUCAAUUACAAGCUAAACUCCAAGAACAAGCUGAUAAGACCGUAUCUCUACGAGAAAACAUCGAUCACGUAGAAACUCAAAUUAGUGAAAUAACAGCUCGAAAUGCGGCAGAAAAACCACAAUCUGAACAAGCACAGAAGCGUAAUGAGGGACUUCGAGCUGAACUUCUUGAAUUGCGAGGUCAGCAAAUGAAAUUGAGUCAAGAAGUGGAGGAAUUGAAGAGAGAAAGACAAGGAUUGAUGGAUCAAGCUGCUCACAACGCUCAUUUGAAUACACAAGUACAACAACAAAUCCUCUCGGCCAAAUCAAGAUUAGUUCAAUCGCCCGAUAGGAUCAAAAGACAGAUAUCAGAAAUGACAUAUACGUUAUCGAACGAAAAGGGGAAAUUGUCUUCGUUCCAAUUAAAAGCAAGAGAAUUAUCUAAUCGAUUAGAAGUUAUUUCAUCCCUGGAGAUGGAUUUGAAAGGUUUGAUAGAUUUACAAAAAUCAAUCGAAGAACAGAAACAGAAAGUCGAAGAAGCCAAAAGAACAGAAUCAAACUUGAAAUCAAAGACUGAAUUAAAAGAAAUGGAAUUGAAAAACUUACAAUCAAAAUAUCAACAAUUAGAAAAACAAUUAUCCAAUGCAAAAGAUAAAUUAGGUAGACAACAAGAAAUGAUGUCUGACAUGCAAGAUAAAGGAUUGAAAAAGAUUGAACAAUUGAAAGCUGAAUAUAAAGUUCGCACAAAGGAAAGAGGCGUAUGGCAAAAACAACGAGAUGUUCUAUUGGCUGAACAAAGAGAAUUAGAGAAUGAAAUGGCAAAUUUCAUCUCAACUCAUGAAAAUGAAAUCAAUGAUUUACUACAGGAAUAUUGGACGAUGAGAAGACAAGCUGAGGAUUACAUGAAUACUAUGACUGUUAAAUUAGGUUUACAGUUAAAGGUAUAA